AACAAGAUGCACUGUUAUGAUCAUUCAUGCGUUUCUUUUGUGCUGCACUAUGGAUAAGCACCAACAACCUUUUAAAAAGACACACACAACACACACACACACACAUAUAUAUAUAUAUAUAUAUAUUCACAUCUCAAGCUGAUUUCCUAGCAAGAUUAGGUUUGGUCAUAGGACCAGGUCAGUGGCAAAAAAGGGACCCUAACACUGUCAAUCUGUGACUGUUGUUUUCCUGAUCAAUGCUGCGGUAGCUGCUGCAUCGGGAGGACAACAUAUAUGCAGAGCAAGGAAUUGAACUAACCGGUUUAAACGACAGUGUUGCGGCACAUCUCGUUCGGCGUUGCAGCAGACCUUUUUCAGAUGAUUAAAAUAACCGUUUUCUUGUGUCGAGAAUUAGCUUGACAAGCAUAACUCGGUUCCCAUGUUCAGAAUAAGUGAGGGCCCAGCUGGAAGGAGAGAGCACAACCGCGGUGAUAGCGUGUCGAUAUAUAGUUCGAAGGAAGCCACCCAUGUGGAAAGAGAAGACUGGCAUAAUGUGUGUCAUCGUUGCUGGGGCAAAAGCUGGAUUGUGGAGAACCAUCCGAUUCAAACCUGCGGUCCGUAGCACUAGCAUCGUGACUCUCAAUCGCUCAGUCCUAAGACUCCCCCCACUCCCCUCGGGAGGCGGCCGCAAAGUGCUGUGGGGCCUGAGCUUUUGCCUUGACAUGUUCGUGACAUCGGUAGAGAACAGGCGUCGGGUUUACGAUCGAUUGCUGUGGAGGGACCCACGAAUGAUCCUGUCGUGGAGUACAUCCGGAUUACAACUUGCAAAGUUUCUCUAGAUGAAUGGGAGCAUUGAAUGCCAGAC